AUGGAAAACCUACUGAAGCUGUGUCUCUUUCUUCUCUGCUUUGAAACCACUUUCACGAUAAAGUGUGUACUGUGUCCGUCUUACAAAAAUGAGGAGUGUGUUGAUGGGAUUCAGACGUGUACUACACAACCUGGUGAAACUUGUAUGAUCCGCAGAACCUGGCAUUCGGGUAACCAUAAUAAGCUGGAAAGUGCGGAGAUGAGGUGCACAAAAUUCUGUAAAUUUAAUGAAAAAUAUUCUGGAGGUCUAACAAUACAUACAUCCUGCUGCAGUUCUGAAGAUUUCUGCAAUGACAUUGAUUUGCCAAUGGUGAUGACUUAG